UUCACAUUCGAUAAAGAAAACAUAUAAAAAACCUGCAUAUAAUCAGGAAAACUACAGGGGGGCCCCUCGUUACCAACAGAAACCAUACAACAGGAGCGGGCCCAAACGCCAAACAUACAAGAGCUCCCACUACAAGAACCACUACAAGACCCACUCAUACAAUCAGACGAAGAAAUCCAAACCGGAAGAAAAACCUGCACGGAAAUAACGGAGCUGUCACCCCUUGCAUCAACAGCUUAUCCUGGUGGCAGGAAUCUUGUCAGGCAAGCCAUGAUAAGACAAGCAGUUCCAACAGCCUCGUUAGAUACUAUGCUAGCAUCAUUAUCUAAUAACACAUUGAAGCAGUAUGAGGUCACUUUUAAAAUUUGGUGGCAUUAUUGUCAAGAGAACCGGAUGGAUGCAUUAUGCUCAUCCGUUCCAAAAAUAAUGCAAUUUUUAUCAAUUCAGUUCAACAAAGGCGCGUCUUACGGAACGCUUAAUUCACAUAAAUCUGCCCUUUCGUUAAUCAUUGGUAGUCGGAUAGGUAAAGAUGAACGGAUAAAACGACUUCUUAAAGGCUUUUAUAAGUCAAAACCACCAAUGCCUCGAUAUAAAGCCACUUGGAAUCCAAGCAUUGUUUUAAAUACUUUAAAGACUUGGCACCCAUGCUCCUCUUUAAGCUUGGAAACUUUGACCAAAAAAGUAGUUACCUUAAUAGCAUUAUGUACAGCCCAAAGAGUUCAAACGCUUUCAUUAAUGAAAAUAAGUAAUAUUACUUGCCUUGAAUCCGGAAUACACAUAAAUAUUACAGAUUUAAUAAAAACAUCUGCUCCAGAUCGUCCUCAACCUGUAUUAGCUUUACCUUUUUAUAAGGAGACAGAAAUUUGCCCUGCUGCUUCAUUACAAUAUUACAUCAAUUAUACUAAAGACAUUAGAAACACAAUCGACAAUUUGUUUAUUACAACAAAACGACCAUAUAAAGCGGCCACCCCAUCCACGUUAAGUCGCUGGAUUAAAACUACGCUAAAAAACUCGGGAAUUGAUACCAAUAUUUUCAAGAGUCACUCGGUUCGACAUGCUUCGACAUCUUCAGCUAGCAUUAAAGGUGUAUCUAUAGAUAUUAUUAGAAAUACUGCAGGCUGGACAGGGUCAUCACAAACAUUUGCAAAAUUUUAUAACAGGCCUAUUGUUAGAGACCCAAACAAUUUUGCAAAUACUAUCUUAUCGUUGUAGCCAAUAGUAUAGAUUCUGGACUGUAGUCGUUAGACAUGUAUAAGUAUUUCAGGAAAAUUAUUUGUUUUUUGGUUUGAUAGUUUAUAUUAACUGCAAGAGAGCAGAAUAAGCGUUAUUAACAAAUGUUAAACGUUAUAAUUAUGUGCUUGUUUGUACAAGUUACAUUAAUAGUGGUUAUUUUCUUUUAAGUUUAGUUGCAGAAGAGCAGUAUAUUUUAUUUUG